GGGUCUGUCAAUUUAAUGUUGAUUAAUAAAUAGUCUUAUAUUCUAAGUUGUGUUCCAGGCCAUGGGGAUUUAACACUAAAACAAUCUGCUUUCAUGUGGGAACUAAGUAUGUAUUUCACUUACCCACAGGUUGAUUUUUUUUUCGUAAUUUGUAUUUCAGGUUUUUGUGGUGGGGGGGCAGACCAUUGAGAAUAACUUUCUUUGGGAAUCAACGUUUCAACUUCCCGGUCAAGCAGUGUCAACAGGAAGCAUUUCAUCCCGGGUCAUAGUACAUGUGGAUCUAGAUUGCUUCUAUGCACAAGUAGAAAUGAUCUCAAAUCCGGAAUUAAAGAACAAACCCUUAGGUGUUCAACAGAAAUCUUUCGUGAUUACUUGCAAUUAUGAAGCUAGAAAACUUGGAGUUAAGAAAUGUAUGAAAGUGAGAGAUGCAAAAGAAAAAUGUCCACAGUUGGUCUUAAUUAAUGGAGAAGACCUGACUCGUUAUAGAGAAAUGUCCUAUAAGGUUACAGAAUUGUUGGGAGAGUUUACUCCACUUGUUGAGAGGCUCGGAUUUGAUGAAAAUUUUGUGGAUCUAACAGAAAUGGUUGAGAAGCGACUCCAGCAGCUGCAAAGCGAUGAACUGGCUGCUGUGACCGUGUCAGGCCAUGUAUAUAGCAAUAAGUCUGUAAACCUGAAUGAUACCUCACACGUCAGACUACUUAUUGGAUCCCAGAUUGCGGCAGAGAUGCGGGAAGCCAUGUAUAAUCAGUUGGGACUCACUGGCUGUGCUGGGAUCGCUCCUAAUAAGCUAUUGGCGAAAUUAGUUUCUGGUGUCUUUAAACCAAAUCAGCAAACAGUCUUACUACCUGAAAGUUGUCAAGAUCUCAUUCUUGGUUUGAACCACAUAAAGGAAAUACCUGGUAUUGGCUAUAAAACAGCCAGAUGUCUUGAAGCACUGGGAAUCCGUAGUGUGCCCGAUCUACAAACGUUUUCAUCCAAAAUAUUAGAAAACAAAUUAGGAAUUUCAGUUGCUCAGCAUAUACAGAAGCUCAGUUUUGGAGAGGAUAAUUCUUCUGUGAUACCCUCAGGACCACCUCAGUCUUUUAGUGAAGAAGACUCAUUCAAAAACUGCUCAUCAGAAGUCGAAGCUAAAAAGAAGAUUGAAGAACUACUUGCUAUUCUUUUGAAUAGGGUGUGCCAAGAUGGAAGGAAGCCCCACACAGUAAGAUUAGCAAUCCGUCGGUCUUCAUCCAAGUACUAUAGCCGAGAGAGUCGGCAGUGUCCUAUUCCAGCCCAUGUAAUUCAGAAGUUGGGGACAGGAAAUUGUGAUGUGAUGACCCCAUUGGUUACUGUACUAAUGAAACUUUUUCGAAAUAUGGUAAAUGUGAAGAUGCCGUUUCACCUUACCCUUCUAAGUGUGUGUUUCUGCAACCUCAAAGCACUAAAUAUUGUUAAAAAAGGACCUAUGGAUUGUUACUUAACUCCGUCAUUAUCAACAACAUUGCACUCUGGCAAGCGCAGUUUUGAAAUGAAAGACAUGGAAGACUUUUCCAAAGUCAAAGACGCACACUGUGAUGUUCUAACAGUUGGAAGAAUUGAAAGUAUAAGAACAGGGGUAUCUUCACGAGAUAGUCUGAAGUUUUCAAGAGAAAAAAAUAUUAAUGAAGUCCUACACUACUCACUUCCAGAGGAUGUUGACAAAGAAGUCUUUAAGCAGCUUCCAGCAGAUAUUCAAGAAGAAAUCCUUUCUGAAAAAUCUAAAGGGAAAUGUCAAGUGAAUGAAAAGUUGAGUGGUCCACUGCGUGCUUCCCGAGGAAUAUUAUCUUUCUUUACAAAACAAAGUCAGGGUAAUCCCUUAAAUCCUAGAGAUAAUUCAUCUAAUUGUAAACAGGUGUCUUCUGUGUCACCCUGUGAAGCAGGAACAUCAGGGUCAAAUAGCAGUAGUUCUUACCUGGCUAGCCCAACAGCUUACUCACAUUAUAUAGAUAAUGGAUUAAGAAAGAGUCAGGGACCUAAAGAAUCUCAAGGGCUCUAUUUUUCCAGUGCAAACUCUGCUUUUCAUUCAUUUUCUCAUUUUCAGAGUGAGCAACUUUUCUCCAAAACCCCCCCUACAGAUAGCCAUAAAGAAAUACCAACAGCCCCUCAUCAAGGACUCACAGAAAGUAGAGAACAGGAUUCUGCUGAGGAGAAAACUAGUUUCCCACCUGACAUCGAUCCUCAAGUUUUCUAUGAACUACCAGAAGAGGUACAAAAAGAACUGCUGGCUGAGUGGAAGACAACUGGCUGAGACUGCCAUAUUGUACAUACAUAAGCAUGUUCAGAAGAAUGUCUAAAAGCCAGGAAAGUGUCACUGAUCUCAGAUUAAACUCUUCUAAAUUAAACACUAAUAUUCAAUAAUACAGAAAUCCAAUGUGACAUGAAGCCAGAUGGCUCCAAGAAGUAAAUUCCAGUGCAGAGCAUAAGAGAGAGAAGCAGUAAUGUAAAGUAUCAUCUUUCUCUGAUUUUACAGGUCCUCCCCCCAG